ACUAUAGAGUAUCUCGUCGGAGUUCGGAGUCGUCGGUGGCUAACAUCAGACGUAGCCUGACAGAGACAACGGAUAUAGUGAGAUCUGUACGUCAAAAACUCCGAACGGUUGGUAUUUUGAAGGAGGGUCCAUUUUAACCUCUUCCAACUGGAGUUGGAUUUGAUCGCACGGAAUUCAACAUGUUGGCCCUUAUUAAUCGAAUCUUGGAUUGGUUCAAGUCUCUCUUCUGGAAGGAAGAGAUGGAACUCACUCUUGUCGGUCUACAAUACAGUGGAAAAACUACCUUCGUGAAUGUCAUAGCGGUAUGUGAGUCAUGGAUUUGUUCUAUUUAUCUCGCACGAAGUCAUUUUCGCAGAUGUCAGUCGGGGCAAUUUAGCGAAGAUAUGAUACCGACUGUAGGCUUUAAUAUGCGUAAAAUAACCAAAGGCAAUGUCACUAUAAAAGUAUGGGACAUUGGUGGUCAACCAAGGUUUAGAUCUAUGUGGGAAAGAUAUUGCAGAGGAGUAAAUGCCAUAGUUUAUAUGGUGGAUGCAGCUGAUUCAGAAAAAAUCGAGGCAAGUCGUAAUGAAUUGCACAAUUUAUUGGAUAAACCACAAUUGUCUGGAAUACCAGUAUUGGUUUUGGGCAAUAAAAGGGAUCUACCUCAUGCAUUGGAUGAGAAUGGACUCAUAGAAAGAAUGAAUCUAUCUGCGAUUCAAGAUCGCGAGAUUUGUUGCUAUAGUAUUUCGUGUAAAGAAAAAGACAAUAUUGAUAUUACGUUACAGUGGCUCAUAGCACAUUCGAAAAGUGGUAUUCGCUAAUACUCUUUGAAAAUAUCCUAUUUGUUAGUAUCGCGACGAAUCUUUGAUACUGAUAAUAGUAUUGGGAUCAAUUGUAAAAUGAGCGUAUUGGCCAAACUUUGUUCGAAACUGUGUCAUUAUUGUAGAAAACUACUUGAGCUUUAGCUGAUCUAAGUUGGAUGGUGCAAAUACCAUGGUAAAAUUAAAAAAAAAAAAAAAUUGUGCUUGUAUGCCAAGAAUAUGCUCGUGUGAUUUAUACCAUAAGGCACUCACUUCCCACGAGCACAUUAGUAAUAAGGAACAAUUUUUUAUAUUUUCGUUCAUAGGUAAGUCCAAAAAUAUAUUCCAAUACUUAAUAACAGUUAAAACUAAUUAGUAUCUCUGUAUUUUCUAUGAUUGCUGCUAUUGUAAAGCUGAAAUAACAUUAACAUAAUUGCAGUUAAUUAUUGUGAUAUUAUAGUCUAGAUGUCGGUACUCUGAUUUCUUGUACUCUCAAAAAGAUACCAAGCACUUUAUGUAUAAAUUAGAAAAAUAGUAGCUAUUAUAUGAAAUGCGCAAAGAUAUCACUAUUGAUUAUUAUAAAACUCUAAUUACACCUCGAAAAACUUUAAUAACAAAUAAAAACAAUGUAUUGCAAA